AAACACCCACUCCCCCGCCCCGGCACGGGCACCCAGCUCACCCGCACAAAUCCCACCGUCUCCACCCACAAACCAAUCCACGGGAUACUUCUUCCUUCCCACUCACGCCUCCGCCCCGCACCGAUCAUCAAAGAAAAGGACGAUGAGCAUGAUGGCGAUGUCGGCGCUGAACCCGGACGCGCCCAUGUUCAUCCCGGCGGCGUUCCGGCGGGUGGAGGACUACUCGCCCGAGUGGUACGAGCUCGUCAAGACCACCGCAUGGUUCCGCGACCACUGGUACCGCCAGCAGCAGCUCUACGACGGCGAGGACGACCAAGACGUGGACGACGUCGCCGCGCUCCUCCCCGACGACUCCGUCGACCUGCUCGACGCGCAGGACCUCUUCUACUCCCCGCCCUCGCCACAGCAGGCGCAGCACGACUUCCACAGCUACAACAAACCAGCAGGCUUCGGUGGCGACAUGGACGCCGUGCUCAGAACCCUCAGCCUCAACUCGCCCAGGGGCGGCGUCCCCAACGCGGCGGCGCCAGCCUGGUCGCCGAGGCAGGCCGAGAAGCCGGUGCAGCACUUCGGCGCCAGGGCUGGCGGUGGUGGCGCCCGACGCGCCAUCCACCAGCCUCGCUAGAGCUAAACAAGCCGCCCUCUG